AUGAUGACGUCACACCUUCCCUUCGGAAGGCUCCCUUCCGAAGCUUGGAAGGAGUCCUCGCGACACGUGAUGACGUCACACCUUCCCUUCGGAAGGCAUGAUGACGUCACAUCUUCCCUUCGGAAGGCUCCCUUCCGAAGCUUGGAAGGAGUCCCCACGACACGUGGUGACGUCACACCUUCCCUUCGGAAGGCAUGA